AAACUUCAGAAGCAGAUGGGGAAUGCUGGAGCUCUUGAUUUAUUGAAGGAGCUUAAGAAUAUUCCCAUGACCCUUGAGUUGUUACAGUCUACCAGAAUUGGAAUGUCAGUGAAUGCAAUACGCAAGCAAAGCACAGAUGAAGAGGUUACAUCUUUAGCAAAAUCUCUUAUCAAGUCUUGGAAGAAACUGUUAGAUGGACCUUCAACUGAUAAAGAAUCUGAAGAAAAGAAAAAGGAGCCUGCAUCUUCCUCUCAAAACAGCCCUGAAGCCAGAGAAGAAAGCAGUUCAAGUAGCAAUUCCAGCAGCAGGAAGGAGGAGGGUAGUGCUCCUUCAAAUUCUUUCAUCCCUUCUUUUCCCCGAGCUCCAAGCACUUCAGACUCUGUACGAGUGAAAUGUAGAGAAAUGCUCUCUGCAGCUCUCAGAACAGGAGAUGAUUAUAUUGCUAUUGGUGCUGAUGAAGAAGAGCUGGGUUCUCAGAUUGAAGAAGCUAUUUUUCAAGAAUUAAAAAACACUGAUAUGAAAUACAAAAAUAGAGUACGAAGUAGAAUAGCAAAUCUCAAGGAUGCAAAGAACCCUAAUCUAAGGAAAAAUGUAUUAUGUGGAAACAUUCCUCCUGACAAGUUUGCCAAAAUGACAGCAGAGGAAAUGGCAAGUGAUGAACUGAAAGAAAUGCGCAAAAAUCUGACCAAAGAAGCUAUCAGAGAGCACCAGAUGGCUAAAACAGGAGGUACCCAAACUGAUCUGUUUACAUGUGGCAAGUGCAAAAAGAAGAACUGUACAUACACCCAGGUUCAAACCCGCAGUGCUGAUGAACCCAUGACAACAUUUGUUGUCUGUAAUGAAUGUGGAAACAGAUGGAAGUUCUGUUAGAAGAAGAAAUUGUCAAGACAUCUGGACCAGUAUGAAAGAGGAUUUUGUAAUUAGCUUUAAAAACUAGGCUAAGCUUUUAGCUUCCUGCAAAUAAGAGGGGGUUUUGGUUUCCUUUCUCUUUUUUUUUUUUUUCUUUAAAGCAGCAUACAUGCCUGAAGUUAGCCUUUGUUUUGACACAACCAUCAUUUCCUUAAAUGCCUUCCUAUAGCUGAUAGUCAGUAGGGCCAGGUUGCUCAAUUGUAUGGUGAAUUUUAAAAUAUUUUUUCAUUUUUAUAAGUAAGUUGACAUUAAACUUUUACCAAUUAAAUAUUUUGGUAAUUGUCUUGGGUUUUUUUCUAACUAUGUGAAUAAUGUACUGUAUUUUUUGUGUUCUGAAAUAUACACGCUCCUCCCAUGUGUAUUUUACCUUUCCACAUUUGUUCAGUUGUAAGAAUGGAAUUUCUUUCUUGCUGCUGUGUUCACUAGCUUUGCAAAGAGAAAAGAUAUAUCAGUUCCUCAUUACAUAAAUUCCGUUGUUAGCUAAACCACAAUUCAGUUAACUCUCUAGCUUGUGUGUACUGUUUCUGGACUAGGACUAAAUUUGGGUCAUAGGUUUGAAAAUUUAUUAGUGGAUAUGAUGACCUCUUUUGCAGUGGUUCGUUAAGCUUGUUUAUAUAACCAAUAUAUUUUAUUGCCCAAAGCAUGUAUUUUACAUUCUUUCAGUAGGUUUUAUUUCCAGGAAUGCCUUAAAAUAGUUAAAUCUGGUUUGAGUAUUCAGUCUUGCUUAAUGUGCUCGACAACCAAAUUGGGUUUAGACUUUGUAAAUGAGCAGAGGCAUUGUGUUGUGGGCUGCCCUAAUAACACCAGCUAACCAAUUCAUUACAUUAUAAACUGGCUGGGGAGGUAAUACUAUAUUCCCUUCAUAUAAAUGACAUUGAUUUUGUUCUUGAACUGAAUUUUGAAUUAUAGGGUAUCUGAUGUCAAUCAGAGACAUGCAGGUGGAAAUAAAUUAUUGAAGUUACGGUCUUUUCCAUAUGUGGAAUGGUAUAAAUACUGCUUUUUUAGAGUUUGGUUUUCAACAGUGCACAUGCUUAGAAGUAUUUUCAAGUGUGCUUUCAAGGAAAAACAUGACAACAUGACUUUAAGUACUAAUUUUAUAUUAUUUAAUUUAUAGAAGCCUGGGGCUUGAGGAGAUCUAUUCUGGCAACGUAUUAAGUAUUCAUGGGGGGUUGGGAAGAGUAUUUGCGGUUGCUGGAGAAUAAAUUCCAUGACUGUAAAGGAAAAACAA